AUGGAUGCAAGCCUCUCGCUGCCGCUGACUCGCGAAGCGGCCAUCGCGAACAGCCAUGACUGGGAUGCGGAGUACAAGCGACGAAACAGGUGUCGCAAGAUCACCUACGACUUCCUGCACCCGCGUGACCAAGGUAUAGAGAAAUACUACUCGCGGAUCUUCUACUACUCCUCUCUGGCCCUCCAGUGGUUGCUGGUCAGCCUUGUCGCGAUCAAUGUGACCCAGGCGGCUGUCUUCCUGAUCUUGCUCCACUGGGACGUGAAGCUGGAUGAUGCUAGCCAGAUCGUGGCUGGCUCCGACGUGGUGGUGGUGCUCACCACCGUGGUGUUCACGCUCACAUUUCUGCUGCGGCUGUGGUCCUGCGUGGAAGAGCAUCCCUCCCUUAGCCUGGAACCCUGGAGGACGCGCGGGCGCUUUCUGCGAAGGCCGCUGAACGCCCUGGACCUUCUUUCGGUGAUCCUGCUCUGGUGCAUCAUUCUUCAACCUCUCGAGCAUGGCUUUACGCAGGAGGCGGGGGCCGGUGGUGCUCUGUCCGUCGCCUGGAGAUUGGGCUUCAAGAGGAUAUUGCUCGCCUUGUUCGUCGCAUCCGGGGGAGUCGGCCAUGCAACUUAUAACCAGGUCCUGACGCCCAAAGCAAAGGCCGAUGGCCGGGUGGUUGAAGAGAAGAUCUUGGAGUACGACUUCCAAGCUGACUCCUGGCGGCCGAACAGACGGCAAAGCCACGCCGGCGACAGCAAACGGCGCAGCGUCUUCGAAAACCUUCCUCAGGAAGAUGCUUUCGGUUUCGAUCCCAAGUCUGGAGGCAAAUUCAGGCUGCUGCUGGUGAUGAGCGCUGCACUGAGUUCAAUGAUCUCCUUCUUUGUUGACCGCGGUGCCGGAGUCCUGCAGAUGCUGACGAAUGAUGUCCUCGACUUCUUUCUCCACGUCUUCGGGGGCCUGGGAGAGUCGUCCUUUGUGGGCUUCUUCAUCCUCUUACUCUGUAACGCCUGCCUCCUCUGGAGCGCCUAUGCACUCGUCCGGCUCUCGCCGGAAGCGGCAGGAAGCGGGCUUCCCGAGGUGAAGUGCAUCCUCAGUGGGAUCUCGCUUGAGAACUUUCUGAAGCCACGAGUGCUAGCCGCAAAGUCGAUCGGUCUGAUGCUGGUGCUGGGCGAGUCCCUACCUGUCGGUAAGGAAGGGCCCUUUGUACAUAUCGCCUCUUGCGUCAGCGCUGCACUGUUGAACUGGCCGAUGUUUGCUCGGGUCAGCCUGGAUCGCCAAGAGGUGCUCUUGGCUGCGGUGGCCGUUGGCGUAGGCGCAACGUUUUCAGCCCCUGUGGGUGGCGUGCUGUUCGCCCUGGAGUUGAUGAUGCCACGGCUCUACGAUACCUCCUCCUACUCUGCCUGCUUUUUCGCUUCGACCUUCGGUACCUUUGUCUUCAUGUGUUUGAACAUGAUUACCUCGGGUAGCGGCCAGCUGAAGCCUCUCUUCAACUCGGACAUCACUGCAGAGAACUCGCCGACGCUGGCGGCGGAGAUUGUGUUUAUCAUACUGUGUCUCUUCACUGGCGCCCUUUCUGGGGCUUUGGCAAGCAGCUUCGUUCUCUGUCACAGGAAAGCGGUUGGAUACAUGAACGCCCUGCGGGGCUUGGCACCACUCUGCGGCGAGCAGAAGGCUGGUCAGUCCGUCCGCCGGGACAUGCUCGUCUUCCUGGGCGCUGCGGCCGUCGGCGCGCUCCUGCGAGUGGGAACUGGCAUCAAGCUUCUGACCUUGGGAACGGGUCCGUUCCUCACGGAGAUCUUCCGUCGGGAGGCGCACCUGCAACAUCCUGAGCUGGCGAAAGCCUCCGGGCUCCUCUUCCUGGCCGUUGCGAAGACAUCCUACACAAUCAUGGCGCUGUCCAUGCCGGUCCCUGCAGGCGUUGUGGCUCCCUCCCUGAUGCUGGGGGGAAUCUUUGGCAGAUGCGUGGCAGCUGCCAUCCCGCCAAGUAUGCAGGAGUUUCUCGCGCCUGACGGCGACUUUGGCCAGUACAUUGCGAGGUUACGGGUUUCGAUUGUGAAGCGCUCUGCAUGA